CUCGGGCCUUCUUUGGUGAAGGGUGCUCUCAGCAAUAAUCACCAUCAUGAACAUCCAAGGGUCAGAUCGAAAAGGGACACUCCUGCUGCUUGUGAUGUCUAACCUGCUGUUCUGCCAAAACGUGCACCCCCUGCCAAUCUGUCACAGUGGGAACUGCCAGAUGACUCUCCAGGAGCUGUUUGACCGGGUGAUCAUGCUCUCUCACUACGUCUAUAUGAUGUCUGCAGAUAUGUUCAUUGAAUUUGAAAAGCGGUAUGCUCAAGACCAUGAGUUUAUUGCCAAGGCCAUCAAUGACUGCCCCACUUCUUCCCUAGCUACCCCGGAAGACAAGGAAGAAGCCCAGCAGGUCCCUCCGGAAGUCCUUCUGAACCUGAUACUCAGUUUGGUGCACUCCUGGAAUGGCCCUCUGUUUCAACUAGUAACUGAAGUAGAUGGUAUUCAUGAAGCCUCUGAUGCUAUCAUAUCAAGAGCCAAAGAGAUUGGGGAACAAAACAAGCGCCUUCUAGAGGGAAUUGAGAAGAUCCUUGGCCAGGCCUAUCCUGAAGCCAAAGGAAAUGAGAUCUACUCCGUUUGGUCACAGUUUCCAUCCCUGCAGGGAAUUGAUGAAGAAUCCAGAGAUUUGGCUCUUUACAACAAGAUCCGCUGCCUGCGCAGGGAUUCCCAUAAGGUUGAUAAUUAUCUCAAGCUCCUGAGAUGCAGAAUUGUCCAUAACAACAACUGCUAAGCCCACAUUC